AUGAAAAAGCUUGAGUUGGUCUUUUUAAUGAAUGUUUCGUUAUAUUUCAAAAGCCAAGAAACCAUUUUGUGUUUUAUCCAAGUUAACAAAAAAUGCCUUUUAUCUGUCACGUCCCUCCACGUCAAUCCAUCGUUUUUUGAUCAAAAAUCACUUGAAUGGUUUUUGAGGAAGUUUACUGUAGACACAGUCGACUUGAAUUAUCUUCCAAUCGAUGUAAUUUAUGAUAACAUCAAGUUGAUUCGGAACUUGAAUUUAACAUCAACACUAAUUCAAAAAAAGUUGUUACCACAAAUUGAGAGCAUCAAAAUCGACACCAAAGUAGACUCCAACUAUGUCCACAUUCUCUGCAAUUCUUUUGAAAAAAUUCUCUCGUUAACGUGUUCAUUGGAUUUUUUCAAGGCGUUCGCAUCAACUUUUGUUAAUGAAAAAAUUAACAACAGAUUUUUUCCAAAAGUUAUUCAUUUGAUAAACUCAAGACAACCAAACACCACUAAUUUGUCGUUUUUGGAAAAGAUUGUUACAACCUUUAAUUGUAAAUGUGUUGUGCACACAGACAGACAACCACUUUUAGCAACAAGUCUGAUAAAUAACAUUUUCUGGCGCGUCAAUACAAUUUCUUUUGGACAUAUCACCACCAACACUUUAUUAUCAAACUUUGAAACGACAGUAUUUUUUAAUGAAAACGUUUCAAAUGAAGAUUUGAACAAACUUACAAUGUUCGUAUAUGACUUCUAUGUCACAAAACUGACAUUAACAAGCAUAACAGAGCAAGUAAUCGAAAUUAGCGAAUUACCACCACUUGAAAUUUUCGACACCUUGACACUUAAUAACAUUUCAAUUUCAAAUAACAACAAAUUAAGUGCAAAACGAGUUUGUUUAAAUAAAUCGAAAUUUAUUUGUGAUAAUUCAAUUGAAAGUGUCGAAAGUGUUUCGAUCAAGAAUUCACAAUGCUUUUUGAAUGAUAAAACUCGUUGUCAUGACAAUGUUAAUAACACAGAAAUAUCAUUCCCUUUUGUAAACAUUAAUAAACUUUCUGUAAAUAAUAUCGAGAGUUUCAAAUUGCCUUAUCUUAACAAUCUCAAAAAGUUGCACAUCAAGACGUGUUCAAGAUCAAAAUUUGUUCUACCCGAAAAGUGCUUUUCUGGUGUUACAAUCAAAAAUUCCGAACACAAUACUUUUGUGUUAAACAACGAAAGUGGUCGAGUGAUUUAUUUGAAAAAUGUUGUUAAUAGUGAAGUUUAUAUUAUAAACAAAACAAUACAACCUUCAUCAGUUAUGUUGACUAAAUGCAAAAAUAUUCAAUUGAUUUGCGAACACAUGAAAACUGUCGUUUUUAAAAAAUGUGAAACCAUCUUGUUUGCACACAAAAAGAAUAAAAAUGAAAGUGUUACUCAACAAAUUAAUACAACUCGUUCAAUUUACACCAAAAUAGAAAAUUUAGUCAUUUGCAAAACAGGACAACAAAUAAGCCUGAGUAACAUCGGAGUGACUAAAAAUUUAUAUUUAGUUGACAUGGAAAAUUGUGAAUAUAAAGAAAAUUUUCUGGAUUGUGAAAAAGUUAUAUUAUUCAACAAUAAAAAGUGUAACAUUGAAAUUGGAGAAAAUCACAUUAAAAAUAUUAUUGUAACAUGUUGUGAAAAUGUCAAUAUAUGUGGCGCAUUUCCAGUUAUUGAAAGUAUUCAAAAUAUUAAUAAUAUAAAUUGUGAAAUUAUUCCACACAUCAAAGAUCAACAUUUGUUGUCAAACGUAAAAGAUGAAGAUGAAGAUAUCGAUAUUUCAAAGGAACAAAGUAUGAUGAAAGAUGAACUGUUUAACAUUGGUUUGGUAUUAAGAAAUGCUGUAUAUCAAAGUUUAAUUGCCAACUUUGAAAAUGUAAAACAAUUAAAAUUAAUAAAUUUCAACGGCUGUUUUAUUACACCAAUCAAUUUACAUUUGGAAAAACUCGAGAUCGAAAAUUGUUCUUUUAAUCAAAUAAAAUACGUUGCAACAAAUAAUUUAUUGGUCAAAAAUUGUCACAAAGUGAAGUUGUGUGCACUUGAGAAAAUUAUUGAAAACAUCGAAAUUACCAAUUCGGACAUUUCACUCAAAAUUGAUUUUAAAAAUGAUAACUAUAUCAAAGCUUCUCAUAUUUUUGUUAAUAAUUUGAAAAUGAAAAAUUCAACGUGUUUUUGUCAAAAUUUUAAAGUCGAAAACGUGUUUUUGGAUUUCACAAAUUAUAAAGAAAACGACGAAAAGUGUUUUUGUCUCCCAGCAAACAAUUUUCAAGUUGUUAAUUUAAUGAAUAAUAAAUUCACAAUUAAUAGAAUAAAUGAUAUCAAUGAGAUAAAAUUUAUUUGUUGUGAAAAUAACGAAAUAACAUUUUCAAUGCUCUCAAAAAUGUCAAUCAAAACUGAGAAAUGCAACAACAUCAAAAUUUUUGUUCCACAGUUUAUGAAACUUGAAUUAGAAGAUGUGUUAUCUAUAAAAGUCAUUCUACUUAAUGUUCCACCAGUUGAAAAACAAAUUGCUUAUUAUUCAAAAGAACGCAGACAAUGCGAGGAUAAAGUAAAAUAUGCAAUCAAAAACAUUUCAUUGAUAAAAAAGAUUAUUAAAAAACCACAUUUAUACGACGAUUUGGAAAUAAAAUUUUAUAUUUCUUUAAUCAAUGAAUUCACGCACGAUUAUCUUCAAAAAGUGUAUGGCGUUGGAUUUUUUAAAAAUAUGACAUAUUUUGUUGCAAAAGAAAAUACAUUUUUAGAUGAAUUAAUAUCUAUUUUUGUUAACAUGAUAAAUCAGUUGCAUGUUGAUGUUACCAAACAAAUUCAGAAAGGAAUCAUUGAUCUUUUGAUUGCAAUUUUACAUGAAACCAAAAAUGACGAACUGAUGUUUUGUGCUCUUAACAACAUUUUGAUUAAUCCAUCGUUUACUAAAAAUACCAUCUCAGAUAUUUUACUUAAUAAAAUCGUUGUUAGUAUGUCAAAUAAAUUUUCUAUCGACACGUUUAAAACAUCUUAUUUUGUCUCUUUGUUGCGAAAAAUGUUUGAAUUAUAUCCAAAAACACGCGACGACUUUACUUUUAUUAUUCCACAAUUAAGUGUAUUAUUUAAGUAUAAUUAUUAUUAUGAAGAAAUAAAUGCAAAUAUUAUAUAUUUUCUGGAAUUAUUUUCAGAAUUCGAAGAUAAGUAUUCUUUACAAAUGCUUCAAAAUGAUAUAUCAAAACUAUUGGUUCAAUAUUUAAAGCAUGGUGAUAGACGUGUUGUUGAUAUGAUUUAUUUAAUAUUCUCCAAUUGUGCUGCAGGAAAUUUAGCGUGUUGCAAAAAAGUCGUUGAGCUUGGAGUCGUCGAUUUUAUUCUCGAAAACUAUUAUAAUUACCAUUAUAGUUCGAACAGAGAGAUAAUAUAUGUUAUAUUAAACGUUUGUAAUCAUAUUGGAAAUUCACUGGAAAUGGUCGAAAUAAUUGGAAAAGAAAAGGCAAAAACGAUUGUGACAUUUUUAUAUGAAAAGAUACAAUGUAAUGGCCAACUUCAGUUGCCUUCUAAAUACAUUCAAAACGUUACAAAAAAAUUAAAUGUGGUAUUUCAAGAUGACGAAAAAAUGAUUGAUUUUAUUAAUAAAACAACACAAGAGUUUUUUAAGUACAAUCAAACGUCAUAG